GGCAGGUCCAUUCGUCUCGCUGAAGCCGCCGGGAUUGCGGUGCUUUGUGCGAGAUGCCUUGGGGCGGUGGUGGCAGCAGCAGGAGAUCGGCGGGUGGCAACCCCGGAUCAAUUAGCAGGAAUGCUGGCGAUCUUCCUCCAGACACCUCCGAGGGACACAAGCCCGCCUCUCUGAACCUGACAGCUGUGCUCAUGGGCCGCGGCGCGCGCAUUGCUUCCACACAAGGCAUCAAUGCGCAUCGCCCGUCUGGAGCGCCGAACGCGAAUGCCAACAGCGUGCCUGGGGAUUGGAAACUUCCAGAAUGGAUCAAGCCGGAUGCACAUAUUUGCUACCUCUCGAGAAGCAGCGGUGAAAAGAUCGAAGUAGUGGUGGAAAUGGUGAACACGGCGAAACAGGAGGUGGAGGUGUCCGGCGUCUCGGUGCCGGGCUUUCUGCGGGUGGUGCCCUUCAGCGUCAUCGCGAGCGCCAUGAAUCCGUUUUAUCCACCUGAGGCCCUUCCAAAGGCUGACGGCAAAGAGGAGGAGGUUCAAGGUCCAGAGCAAGGCCCCAGCGAAGUCGACCUGACCCGGGAGCGAAGCCGUAGUAGAUCUGCAAAGCGCUGAAGGCGAUGGGUGGCCUGGGGAUCAGCCAUGAUCCGGCGGAGACGAGAACUCGGAGACAGCUUCGUUUGGAGGGAAACUGCC